AUGCCUGCACCUGGAGACCAAUACCGCGUUACGAACGGCAUCGGAGCAAACCCAUUCGAGGAGCGACCGCUGCGCCUCAACGAGUACACAGCGCAAGAGAUAGCGACCCUGCAGAGCCGACUCUCGAAACAGCUUGGACCGGAAUUCAUAUCUCAACGGCAGGGCGCAGGCGGGGCCAAGGUCUCCUACCUCGCGGCAGAGAAGGCGAUAAACCUCGCGAAUGAGAUCUUCGGAUUCAACGGAUGGAGCAGCGAGAUCAAGAAUGUGCAAAUCGAUUUCGUGGACGAGUCGCAAAGUACCGGCAAGAUCUCCCUGGGACUGUCGACCAUCGUCAGGGUAACGCUGAAAGAUGGGACACACCACGAGGAUAUUGGCUACGGUCAUAUUGAGAACUGCAAGGGAAAGGCUGCGGCGUUCGAGAAGGCGAAAAAGGAGGCGACUACAGAUGCGAUGAAAAGAGCUUUGCGGAACUUUGGCAACAUCCUGGGGAACUGUCUGUAUGACAAGGAGUAUCUCAAGCGGGUUGAAAAGGUCAAGGCGCAGCAACCGAGGUGGGACGCGGAGAAUCUACAUCGUCCCACGAACAUUGCACCUGCACCUGUUAAGGAACCACCAACACGGCCACCGUCUCCGGAAAAAGAAGCAAAGAUUGCGCGGGUGUCUAGCCUACAGUCGAGUGUAUCGAACGGGACAGAUUUUGGAGAAGAGUUCGGCGGGGAUGUCUUCGACGAGGUUGACUUCUCAGAAAGCCAUAUCGACCAGAGUAUGAACGACUCUGCGUACGUUUCAGAGAUACAGGAAACCAGAGCAGCUCCACAGAUGCCAAAGGCUAUACAACAGGUGCACUCGUCGCUUGCUCCGAGGCAGCCGAACGCCGUCCAACCACAAGGACACCAGGCAAGACCACCUGUACAACAAAGGCCUCCACAGACACCGAAUGGCCAGCUCGCACGACCCCAGGUCAAUACUAACCGCAUGCCGCCACCGCCGAACGAUGCACCACACCUUCCUCGACCUCAGCAGCAACGUUCGGGACCUCAACCACCAAAUCAAAGUAACAGCAGCAGCAGUCUGCCUCCGACAAGAUUUAACUCUCCCGCACCUGAUUCAGCACCUCGGACAAACGACCUUAACCUACCUGACACUAACGCCCAACCCAUCAACGCACCUCCGAUCGGCUUCAUAACCGGCCGCGCCGCAGAGCUCCUCCAAAACACCGAAGGCAACGGUCCAGCUCCCAUCCCACCCAACGUCCCAGCUUUCAAUCCACAUGCCGAGAGCCCAUCGCUCCGCCGCACGAGUGGUGUAAACCACAAAACAUCCGCGCCCAUCCCCCGUGACAUCGCCAAACUCGGUGCUGCGGGCCUCACCAACGCCACCAUACAGCAAGACGGCGGCCAGCCGAAGCCCUUGGCCCCUCUUCCAAAUGUCAGCGCGCCGACUGGUGGUGGCCCUGGCAAUGGUGCUUUCGCCGGUCGUCCCAACUUCAUCAACCCCAACGCAGACAUGAACAGGCGGAUAGGAAUGCCGGGCGGAGGCGUGCCAAGCCCGCUGGCGAAUCGGACGUCAUACAAGCCGCCGGGGCCAGCGGGAGGGAAGAGGCCGCCGGAGGCUAUGGCUGGAGCGAGGCCGCCGCUAGCAGAUGUGAGCAAUUUGCCCGCUGAUGGGGGAGGAGGUUGGGUGGAAGCGAAGAGGGCGAGGGUGGAAGGGGCAUGA